GUGAAUGCAGCCAAUGAGAGAAUGCUGGGAGGAGGGGGAGUGGACGGAGCCAUCCACAGGGCAGCAGGGCCGGGCCUGGUGAGGGAGUGCAAAGCGGUGCCAGAAGUGAGCAGAGGGGUGCGGUGCCCCACAGGGCAGGCUGUGUGCACUGGAGCGGCCGAGCUGCCAGUGAAGCACGUCAUUCACACGGUGGGGCCCAUCUACACCUCCACACAGCGCUCUGCGCCUCUGCUGCACUCCGCCUACGCUCGCUCUAUGGAGGAGGCUCGCAAGGCGCAUGUCAAGUUCAUCGCCUUCCCGGCAGUUUCGUGUGGCAUCUAUGGGUACCCGUUUCCCGACGCUGCCCAAGUGUCACUCAAGGCACUUCAAGCAACCUGUGCCGGCUUUUCAGAGGUGCAUUUCAUUCUAUUCAACGAGGACGCCAUGGAUGCAUACGAAGGAGCAGCGGAGGACUUGCAGCUGCCGCCUCUUGAGAUCCAAGCGGAUGGAUGA